CCUCCUUCCGAAGAGGCAGAGAGAUCGGAAUCUGUGCUGACAACAUGUCACGGCUUUUAUUCCCGGGAGUGUGACUGUUUGGGAAGAGACUUAAAGAGCCAGUCGAGUAUCGAACCUUGAGAUAUACGUGCAGGAGAUUUUGUUACCUGCCCAGCCAAUUGGAAUUAAUAGAUCAAUUUGAGUAAUCAACAAACAGUAACUUUAACUUCUUCCCACAAUGGCUGUCUUUGAUUUGCUUUCAUCCAGUCUCGUCACCACACUGCUGGGUUAUGCCCUUGUCGGGAUCCUUCUUGUGUACCUCCUCAUUGGAUUUAGAAGCAACUCGCAGCUCAACUACCCUCCUGGGCCAAGACCCCUGCCGAUAAUUGGGAACUUGCACCAGUUGGAUCUGAAAAGACUCUACAAGUCUCUGGUGGAGCUGUCGGAGAAGUAUGGCACGGUGUACUCUGUGAGACUUGGCCCCGAGAAGGUGGUGGUGUUGGCCGGCUACCAAACGGUGAGGAACGCCCUCAUCAACCAUGCUGACGAGUUCCUCGGGAGACCCGAUGUCCCAAUCAUGAACGUCCUCAAAGAAGGAUCUGGUGUGGUCUGGUCUAACGGAGAGGCGUGGAAGCAGAUGCGAAGGUUCAUGCUGUCCACCCUACGAGACUUUGGGAUGGGCAAGAGGUCCAUCGAGGAGAAAAUACUGGAGGAGGCCGGCUUCUUGGUGGAAAAGAUUAGAUCGUACAAAGAGCAGCCGUUCAACACAGACAUCAUUACAAACUUUGCCACGGCCAACGUCAUCUGUUCCAUCGUGUUUGGGGAGAGGUUCGAUUACGAAGACAAGGCCUUCCUCAACAUAGGAAACCUGGUCCACGAAAGCUUUCGGCUGCUGGGUAGCCCCAUGGUCCAGGUGUACAACGCCUACCCCCUUCUGAGGUUCCUACCCGGGAGCCACAAGGAGAUCUGCACGCACUUCAUGAAGCUGAAGACCUGCCUGCAGGACAUCAUAAAAGCCAAACACCAGGAGCUGAACGAAAACGACAUCAGGAGCUUCAUCGACACCUACUUUGUGAAGCAGCAAGAGGAGUCGGGAAACCCGGACACGUACUUCCAUGAGAAGAAUCUCCUGAUCACCACGAGCGAUCUCUUCAUCGCUGGGAUGGGUACCGCGGCAACCACCAUACGAUGGGCCAUGUUCAUCAUGAUGAAAUACCCUGACAUCCAGAGGAAGGUUCAGGAAGAAAUCGACCAAGUGAUCGGGUCGGAGCGAUCGCCCAGAAUGGAAGACCGUAAUCACAUGCCCUACACGUACGCGGUCAUUCACGAGGUCCAGCGGUUUGCCAACAUCGCCCCGCUGGGCAUCCCCAGGUCCACCACCGUUGACCUUAACUUUCAAGGCUACUUCCUCCCUAAGGGAACCUACGUCAUUCCUUUACUGGCCUCCGUGCUCUACGAUAAAUCCCAAUGGGAGACGCCGGACGAGUUCAACCCAGGACACUUCUUGGAUGCUGCCGGAAAGUUUGUGAAGAGGGACGCCUUCAUCCCCUUCUCCAUAGGUCGCAGAGUCUGCCCUGGGGAGACGUUGGCCAAGGUGGAGCUGUUCCUGUUCUUCGUUACGUUGCUCCAGAAGUUUGACUUGCUCGUUCCACCCGGAGGAACCGAACUCGAUCUCACGCCGGUGGUGGGUGGAAUAUUGAGCCCCAAACCACACCAGCUGUGCGCCGUACCUCACCAACAGCCUUGCUGACCGGAUGCCAAGCCCCCCGGUGCAAAGACUAUUGGGGUUUUAAGUGCGGCCAAAAUGAGUUUUCUCCCCACAGAUGUGUCGCUGUCUGGAUGCUGACUAUAAACCUCUGUACCACUGA